GAAUUCAAUGAGUUCAGGCAAAAAUGCGGAUUGCUCUGGAGCUAUGACUGGGUGUCAAUCCCUCUAGUGUACACUCAGGUCGUGACUAUAGCAACUUACUCUUUCUUUCUCGCUGCAAUCGUAGGGCGGCAAUACGUGGAAGAGUCUCCCCUCUCAUACAGGUCGAACCAACUCGACCUGUACAUCCCUUUAUUCACGAUACUGCAGGUCUUUUUCUACAUGGGUUUACUGAAGGUCGCCGAGCAACUAAUUAACCCUUUCGGUGACGACGAUGAAGACUUCGAACUGAACUGGAUCAUUGACAGACACAUGAAGGUGUCUUAUCUGAUCGUGGACACGCUUCUGCUCAGGACGCCGCCCCUCAGCAAGGACAUCUUCUACGACGACGAGUGCCCCGUCCUGCCCUACACCGCAGCGUCGGCGGAGUUCAAGAAGAGGACCUACAGGGGAUCUGUGGCCAACAUGGUAAUCCCCGAAGAGAAGCAGAACCUGAUCCUCCCUGAUAUCCAGGAGGAGCUUGAGGAAGGGGGGGAGUUCCGCAGCACAAGCAACCUCGCAUCUCAAAUGGCUUCAAUGAAGUCUUCUGCCAACAACCUAGGAGGUAGCAAGGACCAGCGAAGCCUAAGUGUGCCUGACGACUGCCUGACGCUCGACCCGCGGAGCUCCUCGCCGCGAGACGGGAAGAAGGAGAGCUCGAAGUCCGCCCCGAUCUCCCGGUCCUCCAGCAGACGGAUUGGCACUGCAGGUAGUAAGGGUAUUGGGAGUGCUCUACUGGCUAUUGGCUCGCAUCAAGGCUUUAUGGCCGCGGAUCCGGAGAAGAUAAGCCUGGCGGGCGGCCUUACCACCGGCGCGCUCGCUGUCCGACGGCGACGCGAAGGAGCGCCAGGACGAUGACCUCGACUACCUGGUGCUGC